AUGACGGCUCAUCGUCUAGAGAGAGUUCCAGCGAUAAUCUAUCGUGAGUCCCACACUGCUAUUAGGACCAAUGUACUCGCAUCGCCAUUGCAGGCAUACAAAUACGAGAACAAUCGGAGAUAUCAUGCAUAUCGUGAAGGCUCGUAUUGGGGUCCAAACGAUGAACAAGAUGCGUAUCACCAGAAAGUUGCCCACCACCUAUUCACCCUAGUCCUACAAGACAGACUCUAUUUCGCCCCAGUAGCACAGCCCCAUCAUGUCCUUGACAUCGGCACCGGAAUAGGACUAUGGGCCAGCAACGUCUCCGACGCUCACCCCCAAGCUCAAAUCCUCGGCACCGAUCUCUCCCCCCUCUGGCACCCUGACUUCACCAUCCGCCCAAACCUGACCUUCGAAGUUGACGACUGCUGCUCAAACUGGACCUAUCUUGACGAAGGACGCGAACUAUUUGAUCUUGUACACAUCCGCUGUCUGUACGGUAGCGUCAAGGAUUGGCGGAAACUGUAUCAGCAAGCGUUUGAGCAUCUGGAGCCGGGAAAGGGAUGGAUUGAGCAGGUUGAGGUUUCAUUAGUGCCGAGAUUUCUGUACACGCGAGGUGACGCCGUCGGAAGUGAUUUCUGUCAUAAGGAGGGUAAAGGAUGGGAUUCGACGGCUGCCGAUCAUGAUUCAAACUCGAUUUUCGUGACUUGGUACAGAUUCUGGCAAGAAUGUAGCAAGCGAACAGGCAAAACGUGGUUUGUCGCAGAUCAAAUGGCUAGUUUGAUCUAUGAAGCGGGCUUUGAGGAUGUGCGCCAGGAGCGGUAUAUGUUACCCCUGUUCGAUUCCUCGGAGGGAAUAGCUCCAACAGCUACUACCACUAGUAGUAUAUGUGGAGAAUACUCGGAUUACCCAGUUACGCGUCUUGCGGAGAUUGCGAGAUGGUUUCGACAGUUUUGGGAGACGGGGAUGGAGGGGUGGAUUCUGGCUGUUAGUACGCGAUACAUGGGGUGGACGGCAAAUGAAGCGAAAGAAUUCGUGGCAAAAACAAAUCAAGUGCUUGCAGAACAGAGUAGUAGGGUCUACUAUGAGUUGGUAGUCGUUUAUGGGCAGAGGCCGCUGUUGGAGGGUGUGAGUUAG